AUGAAUGACACAAUAACUAUUCAGUCCAGGAAGUUCAUGACCAAUGGACUACUUCAGCUUAAACAAAUGGUCACUGAUGUUCUUCAGCUGGGAAAAGCAACAGUACCUAAGACAGAAAUUCAGGAAAAACUAGCCAAAAUGUACAAAACCACACCAGAUGUCAUCUUUGGGUUUGGACUCAGAACCCAUUUUGGUGGUGGCAAGACAAGUAGCUUUGACACUUCGGUGGAUUAUGCAAAGAAAAAUGAACCCAAACACAGACCUGCAAGGCAUGGCCCAUAUGAGAAGAAAAAGACCUCAAGAAAACAGCUAAAGGAACAUAAGAACAGAAUGAACAAAGUCAGGGGGACUGCAAAAGCCAAUGUUGGUGCUGGCAAAAAGAAAUAA